AUGAUAUUUCCAGCAUUUGUCGCGAGCCUGGAGGACGUAUACGCCAACAGAUCCUCAGGUUCUGAAGGCCCCUACCAGAUCUCAGACCAAGUCGUUGACAUCGGGUUCCCUCAAAUCAUGCAACUGACCUGGACACCAUCACCCUCUACAAUGGCUCUCGUCAUCUCUGAACCCGGUGCCCAUACUAUAUAUGCAGCCUGCAUGCCUCGCGGCUGGCAAGGCCCGACAUAUCUCUUCCCGGGGUCCAGCGUUGCUGGGGAUCCGAUAUCAUCAGGAAUCAGAUCCAGCGACGGAUUCAUCUUUCAACUCCCCGGAAUACCCAGUUGCAACACUCCCUCCGGCCAGGUCACCAUGUCCUACCAUCGUUCGAGGUCCAAUCCUCGAUACAGUUUCUCGAUGAGGGUUGAACAUGGUGCAAGUCGCAGAACAGAGUCCUUCGAGUGGCGUAUCUCAUCAGAAGCUCAGAGAACCGCUUACAGCAUGGUAUGGGAGCUCGUAUCUCUAGGUCGUACAAGCAAGUCAGGCUCAAACCGCUCCCGAAGUUCUGAAGUUAUUGCGAUGAUACACGAAGACAACACUGCCUCGGGACCAGCGUCUGGCCAAAGAUCGGGAGGCUUCCAAUUUCUGGGCAGGGCAACCACGGGUUCAAUGGGAUAUCACUGGACUGUCACAGCUUUGAUGAGUAGUGUAGCAAUUUUGCAGAAUACCAGCUGGGAGUAG